GUAGCCACUCCUCCUUUCUUUCUGUCAUGGAAGUCAUGCGACUCUUUCCUGCUCUCAUUCUAUUCUCUCUCCUUUCUCUCUCUCUCGCUAACAAGGACUGGGAUGAUCCAGAAAGGCUGGCAGAGGAAGAGGGGUAUUAUAAAAGAGAACACUCGCUCACACAGCCUUAUCAAGGAAGAGGAAUGGAUAUACCAUUCUGGGAGUUUGGAGGGUCCACUGUGGUUACUAAUGAUUACGUUCGUCUGACCCCAGACCGUCAGAGCAAGCAGGGAUCGCUCUGGAAUCACGUGCCAGUAGGUGUUCAUAAUUGGGAGAUACUCAUUCAUUUUCAUGUUCAUGGGGCAGGGAAGACGUUAUUUGGGGACGGUUUUGCCAUUUGGUACACAAAAGAAAGAAACGUAAUGGGACCAGUUUUUGGCAAUCAGGACUAUUUUGUUGGACUAGGUGUCUUCUUUGAUACAUACAGCAACCACAAUGGAGAACAUGCUCAUGAACAUCCUUACAUUUCUGCCAUGGUGAAUAACGGGAGUCUUCAUUAUGAUCAUGAUAGAGAUGGUACCCACAGUCAAAUGGCUGGUUGUCACGCUAAGUUUCGUAACUCUGAUGAAGACACUCUGGUUGCCAUUUCUUACAUCAACAGGCAACUAAUAUUGAUGACUAACAUCAAUGGUGGUCGCUCCUGGGAGCCUUGCUUUGUCAUAAAUGACGUUGACCUUCCCACUGGGUAUUACAUUGGGUUCACUGCUACCACUGGAGAUCUUGCUGACAAUCACGAUAUCAUUUCAGUGAAACUUUACGAUGUUGAGAGUCAAGACCCACCAACUCCUCCUAAAGCUAAUGCUGAGAAUACAGUCACUCAAGAACCUGAUUGGUCCACUGUAGUACCUCGUGCCGCCAGUCAAGAGCUUCCAAGACCUCAUGUGGAGGAUAGCAAGCCAUUCCUUAAGCCAUUCUGGUAUCGGUUCUUCUCUGUGACAAUGCUUGGGGUACUUAUUGUCGUCUUUGUUGGCGUGGUCGGAGGUGUCAUUUGGAAGAGACGGCACGAACGUAACAAGAAAAGAUUCUUUUAGUUGGUACCAUGCACACACUGACACUGUAUAAGCUUCACUCUCUCUCUCUCUCUCUCUCUGUUGCUUAAUCUGCUAUGAUGACUCUUUUGAUUUAAUUAUUAUUAUUUUUUGUUAAUAUUGAGAUUCAUUUUUAUAUUAAUGAAA